AUGUCGAGUCCGGCUGAAACUGCAACCACUAGCAGUCAAGGUAAGAGUCCUGAUGUUCGAUCUACAAGCACACCUGAUAGAGCGCUCGGCUCUAAAGCAGAAGCUUUGAAUAAAGAACCCCUUCUCAACCCCCCCUCGAAUAUGAAUAAAAAGGCCUCCUCAGUCAAGAGUGCAUGCUCUAAGACCUCCCGUAGAAACAGCCAAGUUUCCCGCGGAAACUCCUUGAAACAAGUCGGUCAAAACUGUCGGUCGUGUUCUUCCGUGGACAAUAGUCGUAUGGUACAGUGUGAUGACUGCGAUGAGUGGCAUCAUUUUAGUUGCGUCGGUGUCGAUAGUACAAUCGAAUCGAAACCGUGGCGAUGCGCGAAGUGCAACCGGAAAGUGAAGAAACGUAGCUCUGGUAAACAGACAAAAGCGCUCAAGGGUACAGUUAACAUGAAAGCUACUGGUGUUUUGAGACGAGGUACUUCCGCAGAAAAAGUAGGUCAUCAAGAGAAAGAUACUUGCAAGGUGGUUAAGUCAUCGGAUGCUGUAUCGGUCGCCUCAGCUACGUCGAGACGGUCGUGUAGGGAGCGUUUGGAAUUGCAACUGCGUCGAAUCGAAGCUGAGCAGACACUGCUAGAGGAGAAGAAAAAGUUGGUGAAAAAGCAGUUUAGUGUUCUUGAGGAACUGGCGGAUCUCGACGAGAAAGAAGCGGAAGCUGAAUUAGAUGGAGAGAAAAGUGUUUCCAAGGUUAAAGACUGGCUGAACGAGAAGGAAGAUGGUACUGAAAGUGAAUAUUCGGGCGAUGAGGAAGAGUUACUGGAUAGCAGUGACUAUUCGGAAGAAGAGGAAGAAGAACCACCGGUGAAGAAUUCGUCUACAUUCCAGCCGAGUAAGCGGUCAACGGCAAGGGAAGGUCACCGGAGCCAGCGGAGGAUGCUUACAACUAGCAACCAGUUUAACUGUAGCCUAAACCGUAACCAGAUUGCCGCACGCCAAGUGGUCGCGAAAGAUUUGCCCGUGUUUUCAGGGAAUCCCGAGGAUUGGCCGCUCUUCUUUUCUACCUACGAAAGUACGACGCGCAUGUGUGGUUACACGGAAGACGAAAACAUGAUUCGACUGAGAAGUUGUCUGAAAGGAGAUGCCUUCGCUGCAGUUCGGAGCUUUUUGCUGCACCCCUCUACUGUUGAGAAAGCGGUAAAUGCACUCAAACUCAGGUUUGGUCAGCCGCGAGUAGUGCUACAGUCUAUAAAAGACAAGGUGCUAGCCAUGCCGGUUUUGAAAGCUGAUUCGCUGAACAAAACUAUCGAUUUUGCGUUAGCCGUUCAAAACUUCGUGGCAACAAUUGAGGCCUGUGGAAGCAAGGAGUAUAUGCGGGACAUUUCAUUGCUUAGUGAGCUUGUUGGAAAGCUUCCCGCCGCUAUGAAACUGGAGUGGGCAAGAUACACAAGGAGCUUACGUAGGGUGAACUUGGUCGCCUUUAGUGAAUGGCUCUAUGGUAUUGCCGAAGAUGCCUGCUUAGUCUCAGAGCCGCGAAAAAACCAGGAGGUCAGAAGCCAGGAAACAUACAAAGCACCGAAAGGCUACGUUAGCACGCACACUGAGCACCAAAGCUGGAGGAGCGACGAUUCAUCCGGCCCCGGUAGCAGUACGCAGAAAAUGGUUAGUGAACCCGAGAAGCUUCCCGCUGGAACUUGCGUGAGCUGUAAGGGUGAUUGCGUGUCACUAGCUAAAUGCAAACGAUUUUUGGAUUUAUCUUACGACGGAAAGUGGGCGACAGUUCGCGAAAAUAGAGUGUGUCGCAAAUGCUUGAAGCAACACAAGGGAGGCUGUGCCUCAAGGGAUUGUGGAGUAAACGGCUGUAACUUCAAGCACCACUCACUGUUGCAUAAGGAGCUGCACGCAGAGUCGCAGAUCGUCAACACUAAUCUGCCGCGCGAGGCGCAGUCUUGCAACACUCAUCAAGCUGGAUCCAGUGCCGUGUUGUUCCGCUAUAUUCCGGUAAUAGUAUAUGGCAACGGGAUCGUAGUACACUGUUACGCUUUCCUGGAUGAUGGAUCUUCGCUAACUCUAAUGGACCAGGACCUAGCCGAAGAGCUUAACCUUACAGGAGAGCGCAAUCCACUAUGUCUUAGAUGGACGGGUGGGACACAUCGUUCCGAAAAAGAUUCACGCAAAGUUGCACUGGACAUCUCCGGACUAAAAGGGAAACGCUUCCACUUCGAAGACGUCCGAACCGUGAGCGAACUCCAACUUCCAUGUCAAUCGCUUGAUGUGGAGCAACUUCAAUCUGAGUACCGUUACCUGAAAGGUAUCCCUGUACAAUCAUACAGUGGUGUGCGCCCCCGUUUGCUGAUCGGAGUUCAACAUGCCUACGCGACGCUCGUUAGGAAAAGUCGAGAGGGGAAGGUUGGCCAACCGAUCGCGAUAAAUACAAACCUCGGGUGGACGAUCUACGGUGGAGCUCCGCAAGGUCAGUCGGUAAGCAUGCUACACUACGUUUACCAUGUUAACACAUGUGUCAACGACACCGAAAGGCUGGACGAUGGCCUGGACCGCGCCGUAAAGGAGUACUUUUCGAUUGAGAGUCUAGGUGUAACUUAUCCAAAUAAGGAAAUCCGAUCCCGCGACGACGAACGCGCCAUGCAACUACUGCACGAUCUUACUCAGUUCAACGGAGAAAGGUAUGAAACGGGCCUGCUAUGGAGAAACGUGGACACGAAAUUGCCGAAUAGCAAGCCUAUGGCCCUAAAGCGGUUCUACAGCCUACAACGGCGCAUGGAAAAGGACCCAGACCUGGCGCGGACCCUGGACGAGAAGCUAGUGGAUUAUCUGAGCAAAGGUUACAUACGCAAGUUAACGGCAGAGGAGCUGGCGGAGAGCCAUGAGCGUAUCUGGUAUCUACCAGUCUUCCCGGUGUUUAACCCUAAUAAACCGGGUAAAGUCAGACUUGUCUGGGAUGCGGCUGCUACGAUAAACGGAGUCUCGCUGAAUUCAGCACUGCUUACUGGUCCUGAUCUACUCACUCCCCUAGUUUCCAUUCUCUACAAGUUCCGCGAAUCUCGUUUCGCGGUAUGCGGCGACAUUCGUGAAAUGUUCCACCAAGUCGGAAUGCGUGGCGAAGAUCAACAUAGUCAGCGAUUCCUGUGGUGGGACAGCGAAGAUAGAAAUAAUAUCAAUACUUAUGUGAUGCAGGUAAUGACCUUCGGAGCAUGCUGCUCACCGGCGAGCGCUCAGUUUGCCAAAAAUCUGAAUGCGGAGCGCUUCAGCGAGAAGUUUCCAGCCGCUACAAAGGCGAUUGUACAAUGCACGUACGUAGAUGACAUGCUGUGCAGUGGAGAAACGGAGCAAGAGGUCAUCGAGUUGGCUAAAUCGGUCCGGUUUAUACACAGUGAAGGCGGAUUCGAGAUCCGUAAUUGGACAUCGAAUUCACCUGCAGUUCUCGCGGGAAUUAGUGGUGAAUCAUGCAUAGAAAAAAACCUCGAUCUAGGGUCUAGUAUGGCGACUGAAAAGGUACUAGGCUUAUGGUGGUGUACUGCAACAGAUUGCUUCACUUUUAAGAUAAACUGGAGCAGGCUGGGAGAUGAUCUACUGAAGGGUGAGCGCUGUCCUACGAAACGCGAAGUCCUUCGUAUUAUGAUGUCCAUAUAUGACCCAGUAGGGCUUGUAGCACAUUAUCUCAUGUACCUGAAGGUCUUGCUGCAGGAGAUUUGGCGAUCUGGUGUCGGCUGGGAUGAGAAUAUUGAUCAGAAAUGCUUCGCAAAGUGGCAGGUGUGGCUUAGACUGCUUCCAGAAAUUGAAAAUUUAAAAAUUCCGCGCUGUUAUAGGCUCUGCACGUCGGCUAGGAAUCGAACGGAAGUUCAACUCCAUACCUUCGUCGACGCUGGCGAGAAUGGGAUAGCAGCCGUCGUAUAUCUUCGCUUCGCAGAGGAUGGGAUAGUUGAGUGCUCACUUGUUGGCGCAAAAACCCGCGUAGCUCCGCUCAAAUAUCUUACUAUACCGAGACUGGAGCUUCAGGCGGCAGUGAUUGGAGCCAGGUUAGCCCAGUUCAUCGCAAAAGGACUGACAGUUAAAAUCUUUCGUUCUUUCUUGUGGUCGGAUUCCAGGAACGUGCUUUCGUGGAUUCGUGCCGAUCAUCGCAAGUACAGCCAAUUCGUAGCUACGCGUAUUAGUGAGCUUCUGGAUCUAACAAAAGUGUCUGAUUGGAACUGGGUUCCAUCUAAGUGGAACGUAGCUGAUGAAGGGACGAAAUGGCAGAGUCGACCAUCACUAAAGAGUGAUAGCAGAUGGUACAAAGGACCCGAGUUCCUUUACCAGUGCGAAGAGGAAUGGCCAGCGUUACCCGAAAAAAUAGUAGAGCCUGAGGAAGAAUUGCGUGCCAAUGUUCACGUGCACGUCGUCGCCGAAAAGUUAGCCAUCCAAAUGGAGAGAUUCGGCCAUUGGAGACGUCUCGUUCGUGCGACAGCAUACAUCUUUCGUUUCAUUAGGAACACUCGACCAAAGCUCUUUACGCAGAUUGAAGGUGGUCUCACGUGCGAAGAAAUACGUGAUGCUGAAGACUUUCACAUUCGUGCCGCACAGCUGGAUACCUUCCGGGACGAGCUCCUGGUCCUAAAGCGAAAUGACCUCAAGUCAGCCUUACCCAAGCGGAGUCCACUGUACAAACUCAACCCAUUCGUUGAUGAACGCGGAUUGCUGCGUAUGCGAGGCAGAACAGGAUUGUGCGAAUACCUGUCCCAAGAUACCGUGAACCCCGUUAUUCUUCCCCGAGAUCACCAAGUCACUGACCUCAUCGUUAGAAAUUACCACGACAAGUUCCACCACCGGAACCACGAGUCGGUUAUCAACGAAAUCCGACAAAGGUUCUGCAUCAGUCGGUUACGACGAGUGUAUGCUAAAAUAAGAUUUAAUUGUCAACACUGUAAGUUGCGAGAUGCCCGACCGCGCGCCCCGGAAAUGGCUGACUUGCCUAGGUGCCGACUAACUGCGUUUGUCCGUCCGUUCACUCAUACGGGAAUAGACUAUUUCGGUCCUAUGGAAGUUGCUAUAGGGAGACGGGUUGAGAAGAGAUGGGGGGUACUUUUUACAUGCUUGUGUAUUCGCGCUGUACAUUUGGAAGUAGCUAGCUCGUUGACCACGAAUUCCUGCAUAAUGGCCAUAAGGAAUUUCAUCGCACGCCGCGGAACACCUUCCAGUUUCUAUAGCGACAGGGGCACUAACUUCAUUGGUUCUGAACGUGAAUUGAAACAAGCGUUGCAAGCAAUCGACCAAAACAGAAUGGCUCAAGAGUUCGUAUCUUCAAGCACUUCUUGGCACUUCAAUCCGCCAGCUGCUCCUCACAUGGGUGGGAGCUGGGAACGACUCGUCCAAUCCGUCAAGCGAAACCUGUCCGAAAUGAAGCUGCCCACCCGUCCAACCGAUGAGGAACUACGAAACGCGUUAAUCGAAGUAGAAGGCAUCCUCAAUGCACGACCACUUACACACGUGCCCGUCGAAGACGAAGCAGCACCGGCGCUCACCCCAAACCACUGGCUUUUGGGUAGCUCCGAUGGUUCCAAACCAUGGUCUCUCUUGAACGAGGACUCCAUUGCGCUGCGACGCGGGUGGCACUCAUCUCAAAAGUUCGCGAACCAAUUCUGGACUAGAUGGCUCCGGGAAUACCUUCCGGAAAUCACUAGGCGUUCUAAAUGGCACGAGAAGGUCCCACCGAUUACCAAAGGAGAUAUCGUGCUUAUUGUCGAUCCAAACUCACCGAGAAACUGUUGGCCAAAAGGGCGUGUCAUUGGGACGGUGAAUCACAAUGGACAGGUGCGGACAGUGACCAUUCAAACGGCGAAUGGCGUGUACGAGAGACCGGCGGUCAAGGUUGCGGUGCUUGACGUUAGAAGUAAGGAGGAGUUAGCAGACUCAGAGGCGGAGUCAGCAAACUGGGGGGGAGUGUCAAUGAACCACCCUCUGGAUCAGAGCACAACGAACGCACUCCAACAGUAA